CCCAUGUGUGUAAAAUAACUUGCAGAUUUGGAGAAAAUAUGUGUUACAAGUAAUUAAGUUUGGAAACUGUGAUAUUGUGUUGUAUUGUAAAUAUGAAGUUGAUGAUAGUGCUAUUUGUGUAUUGCGUGAGUUGUCUCGUGAGCGCGCAGGAUGAAUACGCAGACGGCGACGAUGUGACAGAAGCAUGCUGUACACACGGGUCGGACUCGGCGCUGUCUCUGUCAUCAGCCCGAGAGUGUGGAGGCCUAGGGCUCCCAGACUACAUAGUGCCGGAGCAGGAAGCCACGUGCAGUGCUAGCGUGGCGAGCUGCUGCCAAGAUCAUUUUAAACAAAAGGAUGAUUGUACUGCAGGCGUAAAGUAUGCCGCUAGUAAACGAUGUAGUGUACCAAGCACAGACAUCGGAAAGACAUGCUGCGAGGAGUGCAAAUUCGGUGCGCUAACAGGAGAGUCCCAGGGGGUGGAGGCAUGUGGGAGCCCUCCUACCGCAGCCGUCUCCCCUGCCUCAUACUUGAGGAAGACCUCUUAUUAUACGUGCUGUGUUGAAGCGGCAACAAAGCCGACGACAACCGAAGCUCCGCCAACGACUACCACAGAGGCAGUCAGGCGUUGCGGGCCUGGGUCCUGCAAACCAGACCAGGACUGCGACGAUAGCGAGGGCGUUAUCCGAUGCCUGUGCCGCAGCGGCUUUAGGAAACAUAAGGAUGGCUCUUGCAAAGAUAUCAACGAGUGCGCCGAAUCAGCAGACAACCUCUGCACCCAAGAGGACCACGUGUGCCACAACACCCCGGGCUCCUACAAAUGCGUGCCACUCAAGAAGCGAGAGGUGCCUGGCUGCCCGCCGGGGUUCAAGAAGAAUGUCAUCAACCAGGUGUGCGAUGACAUAAACGAAUGCCAGCUUCCCCGCCCGCCCUGCCCGAAGUACCUCUGCGAGAACACCAUUGGGGGCUUCAAGUGUAACGGCAUACCUGGGACCCCGGCCGUCGAAGGUGCUACCGAGGCUGCCCCCGUAGAGCCCCCUGCAGGCCGGAACGACAUAUGCCCUAAGGGGUUCAGAGCUGGUGCUAAUGAUGAGUGUGUUGACAUUGACGAAUGCGAAGAGCACCUCGACGACUGCCAGCGGCUGUCACAGCACUGCAUCAACACCCACGGUGCUUUCUUCUGCCAAGACCACGUUUCCAAGCGAUGCUCUCCUGGCUUCAAGGUCAACAGUGCUACUGGUAUCUGCGAAGAUAUUAACGAGUGCGAAGAAGGUUCAGAGCUGUGCAAGAGGAACCAAGUUUGCGUCAACCUCCCGGGGGCUUACGACUGCAAAUCCAAAAUUAGCACGUUACCUAAGUUGGCAUCGAAAACUUGCCAAGAGGGAACCAGGAUGCGCGUUGGUAGCAACAAAUGCGAUGACAUAGAUGAAUGCCGAGAGGGCACUCAUCUCUGCGACCAGUUCCAGAACUGCAUCAACACAUUCGGCGGGCACGAGUGCCGCUGUAAGAACGGGUUUGAGCUGGACUCUACGUCAGGAUCCUGCGAAGAUGUGGACGAAUGUGCCAUGAAGCUGGACAACUGCGGUCCCGGCCUCCAUUGUCUCAACGUGCUGGGGUCGUUCACCUGCACGCGUCGAGCCCCUACUUCUUCUACCACAACCACUCCCGCACCCACUUCUAAUGACUACGAGUACUAUUACACUGACAGUGAUGAAGAACCAACCAACGACACGCGAAAUCAAGGGCCAGGAGGUGCCAACAAACCAGCUCCUAAACCUAAUCCUCCUUCGCCUCCUCCUAAACCUACUACCACUUCUACCACUACUACUACAACUCCUAAGCCUACUACUACAACUCCUAAGCCUACUACUACUCCUAAACCUACUACUACACCAAGGCCACCUCCACCCAGACCAUACCGACCACCCCCUACCCAAUACGAUCCUUUCGGCAGACCGAAUACUAGACCAUACACCAACAGACCACCCAGACCAAACCCAACAAACCCUACUCCACCAGAAACCACACCUAACCGGGAAAGCCCUAGAAGACCUGAAAACAGACUUCCUACUACGAACAUUCCUCCUCCAACGACUCCAGAGAUAGUUGAAAAAGAGAAGAAUCCAGACGGAGGAGUUGAGUUGGACACAUCAGAGCUUCCUACAAACAAAUGGACAAACGUCAUUGGGAAGGAUAAAGAUAAUGAACCGGAUGAUUUUGAUCCGAAUGAGCUGCAUUGUUUGAACGGGUAUGAGAAGAAUGCAGCGGGUGAUUGCGUUGAUAUCGACGAAUGCGCCGGCCGCCACAUUUGCAGUGCACUAGAAACCUGCAAGAACGAGCCUGGACGGUACCGCUGCGAGUGUAUAACGGGCUUUAGGAGAGACCCAUCGGGGUACUGUGCGGUGGCACCCACCAUUCCCACCACGUCCUCGACUACUACUACAACUACCACAGACGCCCCUCGGCCGUACAUCCCACCACAAUCCCGGCCGCAGCCCCGACCUCAAUCACCACAACCCCGACCGCAGCCAUCACCUCAACCACGGCCACAAUCACCACAACCCCGACCGCAACCAUCACCUCAACCACGGCCGCAAUCAAUUCCGCAGCCGCAACCGCAGCGCCCGCCGCAGACACCGCACUUCUGCGAGAUGGGAUACAUCUACGACUCCAGGCAGGGACAGUGUGUUGAUAUCGACGAGUGCGCUACGAAUCGGCACACUUGCGUGGCGAACGAGCGCUGCGUGAAUGUGGACGGCGGCUUCGAGUGUGAAAAGGCACCGAUAUAUGUUCCACCAGCACAAACCCCACCCAGGCCCCGUCCCAACUCCCGGGACCCUCACGUGAUCACAGUAGGCGCCCAGUAUGGCACUCGCGGACCUCGCUACCGUCGUCCAACAUAUUCACGUGUGCGCGAAGUCGACGCAGUGAUGACGUCGUGUCAGAAGGGCUACCGGCUGACCUCGGACAAGAUGUGCUUGGAUAUCGACGAAUGCGCCGUGAACCAGUCAGAGUGCGGUCCUGAGCAGCGCUGUGAGAACUUCUUUGGCGGACAUUCUUGCCAGUGCCCAGCUGGCCACCAGCUGGUCGGUGCUAAAGAUUGCGAGGACAUCGACGAGUGUCAAUACGGAAACCCCUGUUCAUACUCGUCGAAAUGCGUCAACACCGUUGGUUCGUUCCGCUGCGAGUGCAAUGAAGGCUUCCGAAAUGCACGCUCUAAUGACAAAGUAUGCAUGGAUGUAGACGAGUGCACGGAGACUCCAGGAAUCUGCCAGCAGGGCUGCGCUAACGCGUGGGGCUCCUACCGCUGCUACUGCCACCAGGGAUACAGGAUGCAGGAGGAUGGCAAGACGUGCGUGGACGUGGACGAGUGUGCAGAAUUCGCCGCGUCCGCCUCAAGUCGUAACCGCGCGCGUCUGUGCGGCGGCGAGUGCGUCAAUGAACCUGGCAGCUAUCGUUGUUCAUGUCCCAAUGGUUAUCGGCUAUCAGAAGAUCAGCAUAGUUGUAUCGAUAUUGACGAGUGCGAGACUGGCGAAGCUUCGUGUGCUCGGUCUUCGGAUCCUAGUCAGGUGUGCCAAAACACGCGGGGAAGCUACCAUUGUCACACCAUCAGCUGCCCUGCAGGAUACCAGCUGGAGGCUAAGCAUCGGUGCACGCGCAUCCAGCGGACUUGCGCGAUGUCAGACUGGGACUGCGUGCACCAGCCGAGCAGUUACAGCUACAACUUCAUCACCUUCGUAGCGAAUAUCUACCUUCCACUUGGUCGGGUGGACCUGUUUACAAUGCACGGGCCAGCGUGGGCGGAUUCCUUCAUGAGUUUCGAGAUGCGGCUGGUGGACGUGCAGGCGGCGCCGGGAGUCACACCGGCUAGUCUGGCCUGUUUCGACACGCGGCCCACCGGCAACAUGUGCGUGGUGUCCCUCCUGUGCGCGCUGGAAGGGCCGCAGGUGGCCGAGCUGGAGCUGACGAUGUCGCUGUACCAGCGCCGGCAGUUCGCGGGCAGCGCCGUGGCGAGGCUCGUCGUCAUCGUGUCGCAGUACGAGUACUAACAUGCUGCUAAAUUUAGCAACUUUUAAAACCCCAAAUAUGCCAAAUAGCAUCUUUUGUAGCAAUUUGUGGAGUCCCAAAAUUGCUUAAUGGCAACUUUUUAGCAAAAUUUUUAAAACCACUUUUGUUAGUGUACCACGGCACAAAAGAUCCCUAUGGGUCGAAGUGUAUCCGUAAGGGCCCCCGAAACUAUAAGAUAAGAUAGUGUACCACGGACGGUCUCGGUGCGAAAGUAACAAUGUACCUAAUUGUAGGGUAAUUCCAGGAUAGAUGCCCCAGUAGGAUUGUAGGAUAGAUGCCUCGAUUUUAAUUUCUAUUAGUAGCAGGACUGUGGAACUAAAACUCCACUAAGUACAUAAUGGCAAGGGCUCCCCCUACAAGCCUCAGGGCUGCUGUUAACAUGAGCGCGAGCGCACGCGUUUCGUCAGUGAGUGCCAAAACACUCCGCGGCUAGGCUUCGAAUCGCGUCAAUAGUUAUGUGUGCAACAAGAGAGGAAAGUUGGUUUUUCUUGCGAGUUUUUAUUUGGAGUCCCGAGAAAGCGAAAGAUUCUAUAAUUGAAUCACGAGCGAAGCGAGUGAUUCUAAGCUAUAAUCUUGAGCGUAGCGAGGGACUCAAAAACACGAGAUGUAAAAUAACUGCUCUCGUGUUGCACACAUAAUUUUUCACCUCAGUAGUGAGAACAUAUUAAAGGUUAAAAUGUAUUUCGAAUUACACAGAAUAAUUCAGAGAAACAAAAAAAAUGUAAUCAAAGUAUGAAGUGGCAGUUCAUGGCCUUCACUAAAUUCAAAAGCUACUUUGUUUCACUCCCUGGAGUGAGGAAAGGUGCUGAGGUGAAAAAUAAUAGGUAUUCAUAAGUAUUUGUUUUCGAAUAACUUUUGACUCGCUUAUCAGUGAUUUUGGGUGCACUGAAGCUUAACCCUUUACUAGACUAAGGGAUAUAUAUUUUCCACAUACGACACUUAUUCAUACAUGUGUUCUAUUUUCGAUGAGUAACACUGACAUUCGAUUGUCAUUUUUGAAAUGUCAGCCUGGUAAAGGGUUAAGCUGCAUGGAUAGAUAUACAUAUUUUAUUCUGAUUUUAUUAUUACUAUAUUUCUUAUUGAAAAAGGCACCUCGGUAUCCUCUGCAAAAAGUAUAGUUACCCCGAUUUUUAGGGGGUUUUGAUCGGUAUAGAUGCCCCCAGAAGCAUCCCUAGGGGCAUCUAUCCCGAACUGUAAAUAUAAGAAACAGGGGUGUUGUCCCGCGUAGCAUCGCCUAGUCUAAGAAAACAUACAAGCAGCCUUUGAGAAAAUGAAAAAGGAAGAAAAAUAAGUCAAUGACAUAACCAGAACAUUUGGAAUACCGUCUAGAACACGACGACGACGUUUUCAAAAUAAUGAAUGUAAAAAACUGAUAACUUUUAAUUUAGCUUGUUUGAUGAAGAGUCAUCUAUCCAUCACGGUAGGCAUCUAUCCCAUUUUUAAGAGGUCAACAAAAAUACGAUUUAUAUAAAAUCUGUGCGACUUAUACAAAAACAUGUACCUACAGUAAAAUAAUAGGUUAAGGACCAUAGUUAUCAUAGGUAUAGGACACAUUGCUAUAAAAUGGUGAAUUAUUUCAAAAAGUGGGGCAUCUAUCCUGGAAUAACCCUAUAAUGCUACAAUAUGCCUUAUUCAACCACCUUGCAAUUGAUGAAAUUAUACUCGAAACAUAUUAGUAUUGUUUACCUAUCUGCCUUCAUUGCGCCCAUCAGGGUUUCAUGUUAUUUGUUUAAAUUUUCUAAAUGGCUAGAUUUUAGUAAAUUCUGGAGCCUCAUUUUCACUAAAUGGCAACUUUUUUCCAUACAUACACCCAAAAAGCAUCAAGAGGGCUGAACA